AUCCUUCCCUCUGCCAAAGCAACAUAACGCGUUCAAACCAUCUCGUAUGUACUGUACUUGCUUUUUUGCCUAACAAAAAAACCGUCACUUCCAAAUGCGACAUUCCCACUAAAACCUUGGGUACCUAGUAAUUCCCAGGUAUCAAGUACAUAUGUAUUUUAUCGAUAAUCCAAAGCAACCCCACCAUCAAAUCUACAGGCCCAAUACAAUAGCCACAAUUGGAAAUCUGCAAACACAAUCACAUUCAUACACCAACUUUCAAUUUCAAUUUCAAUCAAAUAUAUUAUAAUUUCUUCGAAAGAUUUAAUCCCGCAUGCUUCGGCGGAUAAUAAACAUGGCCGAAAACGCAGCUAAGAGAUUAAAGAUGGAGGGCAGCAGCAGCGGCGGCAGCGUUAAAAUCGGCACCCACAACGGCCACUUCCACGCCGAUGAAGCUCUCGCCGUUUACAUGCUACGCCUGCUGCCCACCUACCACGGCUCCUCCCUUAUCCGCACCCGCGACCCUGCGCUGCUGGAGACCUGCCACACCGUCGUCGACGUCGGCGGCGAGUACGAGCCCAGCCGCAACCGGUACGACCACCACCAGCGCACCUUCACCACCACCUUCCCCGACCGCGCCACCAAGCUCUCCAGCGCCGGGCUCGUGUACAUGCACUUCGGCAAGGCCAUCAUCGCGCAGCACUUACAAAAAUCCGAGGACAGCCCCGAGGUGGGCCUGCUGUGGAAGAAGCUGUACGAGUCCUUCAUCGAGGCGCUCGACGCCCACGACAACGGCAUCUCCUCGUACGAUUCGGAGCAGCUCGCCGCCGCGGGCAUCGAGAAGCGCUUCAGCACCGGCAACUUCACCCUCGGCGCCAUGGUCGGUCGCCUCAACCCCAACUGGAACGACCCCGUGUCCUCCGACCCCGUCGUCGCCCAGGCCGACGAGGACGCCAAGUUCUACAUCGCCAGCACCCGCAUCGGCGAGGAGUUCUCCCGCGACCUCGCCUACUACUGCAACGCCUGGCUGCCCGCCCGCACCAUCGUGCAGGACGCCUACCAGAACCGCUUCCAGCACGACCCCGAGGGCCGCGUCAUGGUCUUCUCCGGCCUGUCCGUCCCCUGGAAGGAUCACCUGUACACGCUCGAGGAGCAGGAGGCAGGGGAAUCAGAAAAUGGCAAGAAGGUGCUCUACGUGCUGUACCCCGAGAAGCCCGUGCCCGACGCCAAGUGGAGGAUCCAGUGCGUGCCCGUGUCCAAGGACUCGUUCCAGAGCCGCAAGCCGCUCCCGGAGCCCUGGCGCGGCGCACGCGAUGCCCAGCUCGACGAGGUCUCGGGCGUCCCCGGCGGCGUCUUCGUGCACGCGUCGGGCUUCAUCGGAGGAAACAAGACUUUCGAGGGUGCCAAGGCGUUGGCGGAGAAAGCUUGCGCUUCCUAAAUACUAAAUAGAAAAGUAACUUUGAGUAGGUAUACACGGGUCAGGUCAACAACGGCUUAUAGAUGAAAAAAAAUCGUGAUAGAUAUAUGUAGAUCCAUACAUUGGCAAAUUACUAAGUAUCUAGGUUAUGUAGGUAGGUAGGUAAGGCGCCUAGCAAACUACAUAGGUAGGUAUUCAUUAACAGCAUGGAAGAACAGCAUACAUCCAUUGAACGACUUUGAAUUUCCCUAAAAACAAAAUGCGCCCAGCCAUCGUAAAAAAAAAAUACCUAGCAAUAACCAUUUCACACCCAUAUCACACACUAACACCAGUAAAACAACCCAACUCCCAAAUGCAUUUUCUCACGUUGCGUUGCGUUGCGUUGCAAAAAAUAAAAUAAAAAAUAGAAUGGGUACGGUACCUAGUAGCAAACAUGUACGAUAGGUAGAAACCAGGAGAUUUGGAGGAGGGGGGGGGGGACCUUAACGAAAGUUCUUCAAAUCAAAAGGAGCUGG